CCCGGGCUUCCGUAGAUAAUUCAUAUCAUAAUAUUCUGAAAUUAUCAGACACACACAAAUGAAACAUGAAGAGGAUGAAGAGGAUGAAGAGGAGGAGAGGAGGUGGAGAGAAAGGUGGAGUUGAGGCAGAACAACUUUUGAGCGCACGUCGCGGUCUCUGUCGGUCUCUGCUGGACUCUGUCGGUCUCUGUCGGACUCUGCUGGUCUCUGCUGGUCUCUGUCGGACUCUGCUGGUCUCUGCUGGACUCUGCUGGUCUCUGCUGGUCUCUGUCGGUCUCCCUCCUCCGUCAGACCUCCCGCUGUUCCGCAUUAAACUAAUUAAACUAAUGAAGGUGAUUAGAGCGGACCAGAUCCCCUCCUGACUCCGAUCAUUGGCUCUCCUCCUCCGGCUCUGCAGCUUCAUUUCUCCGCCGGAGAAUUUCACGUGCGCUCUCCGGUUUCAUGUCAAACCGGAAUAUUUCCGGAAUGUUUCCGUAAAUAUUCCGUCUUUAAGCUGGCGCUGUGGAGACUGAUGUGAGCUCCUCGUGGAUCUCCGUCUGCUCCUCCUCAGACUUGAAGAACUCCUGAAGAGCACCGGUUCUUUUGGACCCAGGAGAAUGAAGACAGAACCUUAAAAAAACCUCAGGAACCGGAACUGUUGGAGGACCACCAACUGAUGAUGAACCACAAUAUAAGGUACUGGACGACUUUGAAGAUUGCUUUAGACCUUAGAGGAACUCUGAGAUUAUCUUAAGGACCCUCAGAGAAGACCCUGAGAAGAUGAGGGGAUGGCUCAGGUCCUCGAGUUAUCCUGACAGAAACUAAAGUUCUAGAAAUCACCAAGGGUCUGAAGAACUCAAGGUGUCACUGAGAAACCCUGACCCUGAGGAGACAGUUGUAGACCUUGAAGAUCCUUUGAGGAGCUCUACAGGGACCUUGUAGUCUGAGAGAAAUCUGGGGACCAUAGAGGAACCCUGAGAACUCCUCAGGCCCGCCUUCAGAGAAACAAUGGGAACCCUCCGGGACCUGCAGUACGCCCUGCAGGAGAAGAUUGAGGAGCUUCGACAGCGUGACACUCUGAUCGAUGAGCUGGAGCUAGAGCUGGAUCAGAAGGACGAGUUGAUCCAGCGGCUGCAGAACGAGUUGGACAAGUACCGGUCUGUUCUUCGGCCCGCCACCGCACAGCAGGUCCAGGCCCAGCAGCAGAACCUUGUCCUGCAGCCCGACCACCACCGCAGCAAACGGCAGGCCAUCUCAGCCGAGCCCACCGCCUGCGACAUCAGCGACCUCAGCCAUGUCACCCUGCCCUUUUACCCCAAGAGCCCGCAGUCUAAGGAGAUGAUAAAGGAGGCCAUCCUGGAUAAUGACUUCAUGAAGAACCUGGAGCUGUCUCAGAUCCAGGAGGUCGUGGACUGCAUGUACCCGGUGGAUUAUGGGAAAGACGCCUGCAUCAUCGAAGAGGGCGACGUGGGCUCUUUGGUCUACGUGAUGGAAGAGGGGAAGGUGGAGGUGACCAAAGAGGGGAUGAAGCUGUGCACGAUGGGGCCGGGCAAAGUGUUCGGAGAGCUCGCCAUCCUCUACAACUGCACGAGGACGGCUACCGUCAGGACUCUGGUCCAUGUGAAGCUGUGGGCCAUCGACCGUCAGUGUUUCCAGACCAUCAUGAUGAGAACCGGACUCAUCAAACACGCCGAGUACAUGGACUUCCUGAAGAGUGUUCCGACCUUCCAGGCUCUUCCAGAGGAAACUCUCAGUAAACUGGCAGACGUCAUGGAGGAGACUCAUUAUGGAGAUGGAGAGUACAUCAUCAGGCAGGGCGGCAGAGGAGACACCUUCUUCAUCAUCAGUACAGGAAAGGUGAAUGUGACCCAGCAGGACUCGGCCAAUGAGGAGACGACACACCUCAGAGAGCUCAGCAGAGGAGACUGGUUUGGAGAGAGGGCGCUACAAGGGGAGGAUGUCAGAACAGCCAACGUCAUCGCUGCUGAGGCCGUCACCUGCCUGGUCAUUGACCGAGACUCAUUCAAGCAUCUGAUUGGUGGACUGGACGACGUUUCAAAUAAAGGAUACGAGGACGCCGAAGCAAAAGCAAAGUACGAGGCGGAGAACACCUUCUUCUCCAGUCUCAAGCUGACCGACUUCAACAUCAUCGACACGCUGGGAGUCGGCGGCUUUGGGCGCGUUGAGCUGGUGCAGUUGAAGAACGAGGAGGCGAAGACAUUUGCCAUGAAGAUCCUGAAGAAGCGUCACAUCGUCGACACGAGACAACAGGAACACAUCCGCUCUGAGAAACACAUCAUGACCGAGGCGCACUCCGACUUCAUCGUCAGGUUGUACCGGACAUUUAAAGACAGUAAAUAUCUGUACAUGCUGAUGGAAGCCUGUCUGGGAGGAGAGCUGUGGACGAUACUGAGAGACAAGGGUUCGUUUGAAGAUUCGACUACCAGGUUCUACACGGCCUGUGUGGUUGAAGCCUUCGCCUACCUGCAUGCCAAAGGCAUCAUAUACAGAGACCUGAAGCCUGAAAACCUCAUACUGGACAGCCGGGGAUACGCCAAGCUGGUUGACUUUGGUUUCGCCAAGAAGAUUGGUGUCUGUAAGAAGACGUGGACGUUCUGUGGAACGCCAGAGUAUGUCGCUCCAGAGAUCAUCCUCAACAAGGGCCACGAUGUCUCAGCAGACUACUGGUCUCUGGGAAUCCUGAUGUACGAGCUGCUGACGGGCAGUCCUCCAUUUUCAGGUCCAGAUCCAAUGAAGACCUACAACAUCAUCCUGAGAGGCAUCGACAUGAUCGAGUUCCCCAAGAAGAUCACCAAGAACGCUGCCAACCUCAUCAAGAAGCUCUGCAGAGAUAAUCCCUCAGAGAGACUUGGAAACCUGAAAAACGGAGUCAAAGACAUCCAGAAGCACAAGUGGUUUGAAGGUUUUAACUGGGAGGGUCUGAAGAAAGGUACUCUGACUCCGCCCAUCACACCUGACGUUUCCUCUUCCACCGACACCAGUAAUUUCGACAAUUUUCCCGAAGACACAGACGAGCCACCGCCGGACGACAACUCUGGAUGGGAUUAUGACUUUUAGUACAGCUCAGAUCCAAACCUGAAGCCUGACACUCUAUGGCUGGUGGUGAGGUCCAAACCUCACCAGGCUGAACAAGGAACUUCACGUGAUAUUUGGAGGAUGUUUUGACCCUGCACGCCUUAUUGUGACUUUGCCCGUGUUGGUUUUAAACAUGGCUGAAUGCCAUUUGGAGCCUCAGAUGUUUUGUUGCCACAUUGUGUCACCAAAUGAUUUGAGUACAGAGUGUGCACGAAGCACAGAUGACUGCUGGUCUGGACUCUUGCUGGUCAACUGGUCCAUCAGUUCUCUCUAACUAGAGGAACCCAGACCUGCCAGGACACCUGAGUGCUGGAGGAUGAGGUGGUUCAAGAAUGAGACAAACCAGCAGAUCUCGUCAACAGUUUCUCCUUUUCCAAGACCGGAGUAUGUCUUUAAGGUAAUCUCAACUCCAAGAUUUUAGAGUUGUCAAAACUGGAACAUAAUCAACAAAAAUGUGCCGACGCUGCCAAAAAGACUUUUUUACGAUGCCUUGGGAGUGACUUUAAGAAACAUAAACCCUGCAGCUAAACUUGGGGUAUCUUCACCCGUCAGCACUCAGUCACACAGUACAGGCCUUUCUGUCCCAUAUAUUGCUGCAACAUUUGGAGCUUUGAUGGUAAUUUGCAUCAGUCAAUCUGAAGGGGGAACAAAUCUUGUCACAAAGUGCUUCCCUGAACAGUCAAGUGAGGUCCUGUUUUAUUGAAGAUUUAACACCUUAAAUCUUUCAAUAACAAGAUGCAUGUCCUUCACAAAGGUGGUGAACAUACAGCAGGGUAGAGAUGAUUGGUUUCUCACAGCUGGCCCCCAUAGUUUGAAGGUUAAACCAGCUAAACAUGGUUGGUUCUGUUCCAGGAGGUGUCCAUGACGUUGAUUAGUCCCUUCAGGUACCUCCUAAUGACAUCACAGACACCAUGUUAUUCUGCAGCCAAUUGAAAGCCUCUGCUCCUGUCAAGUGUCCUUGAUCACUGGCUGACACUUGACCUUUGACCCCUUCAAGGGAGAUCAUACUCAUGCUAUUACCACUGCCUGUCCUGUGAUAUCUCCUGUUCUGGAGGCGGUUCUGGAUGUUCUUUGGGGCUUUUCUGCCCAAGUUGAAGUUGAACCCAAGUUUGUCUCCCUGAGUGUGUUGGAGAAGUGAUGGUUGCAGGAUACAUUUGUGGUUCAAACGAACCACAGGAAGAAAAAUGAACUGAACAGACAAAUUCAAGGUCACCAUGAUGCCUUCACUUCUCAUUUCAUUUUUGGGAACUUGAAAAUCCAAAGACAGAAAAGUUUGGGUGUAGCAGCUGUGGUCCUCCUCAGUGGAUGAUGAAUGCUGAAAUGAACAAUUCUACUUUGAAACUUUCCUUUUUAUCGUUCUUAAUGUUGUGAAUCUUUGGAUCGUAGCAUGAGAACAGAUGUUUUGUACAUAUUUCCAAGACUUCCUACAUAUGUUUGCACACACCCACAAACACUCCACUUUCACAGACACAUGCACUAUUUUUUGAAUUUCUUAUGAGCUGUUUGUUUUGUGUUGAAGGCUCGUGAUAUACUUGAUUUUAAAUAACCUGAAUCUGAACCUCUGAAUCACCAUCUGGGACUUCAUUGAUUCAAACAGUUCUUGUGUCGUACUCAUGAAUGAUUGUCUCCCAGGUUAUCAAGUAGAGCCAAGUGUGCAGGAUUUAGAACAAGAUCUUCUGCCAGAGCAAGAAAAGAUCAACAAAAGGGUCUGUGUAGUUUGAAAAGGGGCAGGCACUUUCCGAAAAUCCAGGCCAGGUGAUUGGAUGAAGCAUCUAGCAAACAAACUUCAACCGAGUACAAAGUCCUCAGUGUCGUUCUUUGUUCUUCUUUAAAUGAAGGAACACUCUUCAGACCUGACUUCUUCAGCAGGCAAACAGUCACUUCAUCACACACCGAGCGUUACACCACGCCUGUAGCUCAUAGGACGUCCAUCUGUCUGAACCUCCGUGUUCUCACAGAAGCUUGAAGCCUCUCACGAGAUGACCGAUACCUCACAAGGUUGUAGUUUUGAAUCAUAUCACGU